GCCAUAUUACUUCGUAGGGGAACCUCACCAGUCACCACAUCCAACUUCAACUGCUUUUAUUAACUAAUAAAACUCCGUUCCUUUCUUCACUACUACACUAUAUUACAUCUACAUUAACCCAAACAAACCCUCUCUCUCUCUCUCUCUCUCUCAUCUCCACCGGCCAUGGAUCACGACUUAAUCCUCUCCGCUUCCGCUUCAUCGUCUUCCUCCACCACCACCUCGACGGCCGCAGUGUCUCUGGUAUCCUCCGUUUCCCAGCCGGCCGUCCUGCAGAAGAAGCUCCACCACAUCCUCCAAACGCAGGCGGAGUGGUGGGCCUACGCCAUUCUGUGGCAGACCUCGAAGGAUGAAUCGGGUCGCAUCGUCCUCACCUGGGCCGACGGCCAUUUCCAAGGCACGAAGCAGAAGAACCCCCCCUCGGGGUCCCUCCAGCCGGAGCGCAAGAAGGUGAUGCGAGGAAUCCAGGCUCUCAUCGGCGAGGGCGUGGACCCCCUCGAGGGCGAGGUCACCGACGCCGAGUGGUUCUACGUCAUGUCCCUCGCCCAGUCCAUCUCCCUCGGCGACGGCGUUGUCGGCAAGGCCUUCAACUCCGGAUCCCUCGUCUGGCUCACCGGCGCCAAUCAGCUCAGAUUCUACAACUGUCACCGCGCUAAAGAGGCGCAGAUCCACGGGAUGCAGACCAUGGUGUGCAUCCCCACAUUCGACGGCGUGCUGGAGCUCGGAUCCGACCUCAUCGUCGCCGAGAAUUGGAAUUUAGUGCAGCAGGCCAAGUCUCUCUUCGAUCCCCAACCCACCGCCACCUUCCAAGACGCCCCCGCGCCCAAGCUCCACCUCGACUUCCUCGACCACUCCGACUCCGACUUGUUCGCCGAGCCCAUGGAGACCAAGAGAGCCCCCAAGAAGAGGGGCCGGAAGCCCAACCUCGGCCGCGACGCGCCGCUCAACCACGUGGAGGCCGAGAGGCAGCGACGGGAGAAGCUCAACCACCGCUUCUACGCGCUGCGGUCGGUGGUCCCCAACGUGUCGAGGAUGGACAAGGCCUCCCUGCUGUCGGACGCCGUGUCCUAUAUCAAGGAGCUGAGAUCUAAAGUGGAGGAGCUGGAGCAGCAGCAGCCACACGCGAAGCCGGUGAAGACGGAGACCGGCGACAACCACAGCACCACCACCACCGCCACCGUGGACCAGCUGGUGCUCUCGUCGGCGUCGCCGGUGGAGGUGGAAGUGAAGAUCGUGGGCGGGGACGGGAUGAUCAGGGUGCAGUCGGACAAGUCGAAUUACCCGGCGGCGCGGCUGAUGAGCGCCAUCCGGGAGCUGGAGCUGCCGCUGCACCACGCGAGCAUGUCGGCUGUGAACGAGCUGAUGCUGCAGGACGUGGUGAUCAAGGUCCCCGAGGGAUUGAGAUGCGAGCAUGCUUUGAAAAACGCCAUUCUUACAAGAUUAAUAGACCACUGAUGAGGCAUCCAUCCGAUUAUCAUCAAUUAUAUUAAUAUUAUGGGAUUAUUAGAUUAGUUGCAUUCUGUGUCCACCCGGAAAAGGAAACCAAAACUAGAGAUUAGACAUUCCUAGCUCGUAAUAACGCCUAUGUUCCUUUCCUCCGACGUCAAAAUAUCCAUGUCUUCUCUUUCCACUUUGUAUAUGUGUGUGGCUGAAAUGAGGAAAUUGUUCGUGGGACCACCUAAUGAAUGUAGAGUUUAUCUCCUUCUCUCAA